AUGGAUGAUGGUUAUGAAUCAAUGAAAAAAAAUGCAGAUUAUGGAAGUAGGAUUCUUUGUAUUGAAGUGGUCCCUCGACCUACAUCUCUUAUGCUUAAAGUCCAUCAUGGUUGUGCUGUACAAGAUUCUGAAGGUGUUAUGACAUAUGGGGGAACAAUGUAUGGUUUUCAAAGAUUGUCAACCGGAGUUGGGAGUAACCAAUAUAAAGAUAUGUUAAAGUUGGAAACAGAUAAUGAUGUGAGGAUGCUGAUUGAUUUAAUAACUUUGAAUAAGCUUAAUAGAGUUGUUGAUGUUUUCUUUGUGUAUUAUUUGGAUCCCACUAGUAGUAGUUUUGUGUGUAAAAAAAUAAUAGAUGGGGAAGGCACAAGUACUAUGCGUGAACAAUGUGAAUAUGUCAAUGUAGAAGAUAUUGGGGUGCAUGAAAGUGAUGAAACUGCUGAAAGUGAUUCAAGUUUUGUGUUUGAUGACGAAUUUGUCGAGACUGAGUACGUGGGUACGACUGAUAAUGAAGAUUGGCUAGUUGAAGAAAGAAAAAUAAUGGGUGAAUUAUCAAACUCGGAAGCUGAGACAAAUAUUCAAGAUGUGAUAGUACAAAAUCUUGAAGAUGAUGAUUGUGAAGAGGAAUUAGAUGAAGAACAAAAAGUUGGGAUGGUAUUUAAGAAUGCUAAAGUUUUUAGAGAGGCAAUUCAUCAAUAUGGAAUAAAGAAUGGCAGGGAUAUAAGCUUCCCAAGAAAUGAUAAAGAUAUAAUUCGGGCUAAAUUUAAAGGCAAUCGUCCUUGGGUUUUAUAUGCUUCUCAAUUUGAUAGCAAAAAUCCAACUCUCAAGGUUAAGACCUAUGUUAAUAAACAUGCAUGCGGUAGAAUUAGUACGAAUACAAAUGCAACUAGCACAUGGAUACCAAAGACAUACAGUGAAAGUUUACAACCAGGCAAGCAAUUUUCUUGUGGUGAUUUUUUGGCUAAAGUAACGAAAGAUUUUCGUAUCACAAUCACCAAGACCCAAGUUUACAAGGUAAAGAAAAAGGGAGCAAUAUUCUUGGAAGGGUCAAUGAAAGAUCAAUAUGGGAAGUUAUGGGACUAUGCUGAAGAAUUAAGAGCAAGAAACCUAGGUUCUACUAGUUAUAAUUGA